AUGAAAAAAAUUACAACAACUCCUCAAGAAUUCCAGAUUGGAAAAGAUUCUCUUGAAUUAGGUACCUUAGAUAAAAUCAAACUAAUGCAUGGCGAUAUAAUUAAUGAAGAUAUAUUGAAGAAGGUUAAAAAACUACCACUAAUCUGCAUGCUAACUCAUAGAACUAAUUUGGAUUUAUACUACUACGAUAAAUCUAAAAAUAACUCUGGAGUUUUUAUUGAUUUAUUUUCACUUCCAUUGCCACUUACAAAGUAUACUUCAGAAAAAGAAGAGAUUUUUUUAAUUGGUAUGGUAAUUUUUGAAAGAGUCAUCUCUAGUAUACAACCUGCCAUAAAAGAAUUAAAUCAAUCAAUAAGUAAACCCAUUGAUCCAACAAGGUUUCUUUUACUUACACCUGUGGAAGAUCGUGAUGUUAUUAAUCCAUCUCCAAAACACAAACAAAGAUAUUAUUAA